GCAAACCUUGGUGGUGUUCAGACAUUGGACUGCAAACUGAAAUAUCCCCGAGGAAAUCCCAUACCAUAUAUCAUCCAAUGGAAGAAGGAUGGAUUAGCACAGCCAAUCUUUAUCAAAUAUGAUGGCUACCCUGCUCAAAUUCCUCAUCAUCAAUAUCGGAAUCGCCUGGCGCUAAAGGAUGAAGUAUCACUGGAGAUUUCCCACAUCCAAGCUAAUGAUGAAGGAUGGUAUGAAUGUAAUACUAUAUUUAUUGAUGGUGCUGAAGAGAGAACUGUUAAUGGAUCUUGGAUAUAUCUUACUGUACAUUCGCCACCAAGAAUUAUAUCAAGUUCACCAAAAUUAUUACAGCCUCGCCGUGGAGAUGAUAUAGAAUUAUUCUGUGAGGGGAAAGGCUCACCCCAGCCAACACUUACAUGGCGGAAAGAUUCAAGGGUGAUAAAGGAUACAUUACGGUUAAAAGUGGAAGGAAAUCGGGUAAAAAUACAGAACCUUCAGAGAGAUGAUGGUGGGGUUUAUACAUGUACUUAUAUUAAUUCAGUAGGAGAAAUAUCACAGCUUAUCAAACUGGUUGUUGAAGGUGGUCCCUAUAUCAUGCUGUCCCCGAAAAACAUGACAGCCAUCUUGGGUCAAAGGGUGAAGUUUUCGUGUGGAGCAGAAGCUUAUCCAAAUAACAUCACAUAUUACUGGUUUAAAAAUGGAAUUGAUGUCAGAACAUUAUCUGGUUUUGAAGCAAAGAGAAUUGGAAUCAGUACAGAUGGUAGCUUGUUGAUAAAGUCUGUUGUCAAGGGUGACAUGGGAUGGUUUCUGUGUCGCCCUAGCAACGGUAUAGGGGAGGAUGAGGCUGCAGCAUUUCUAAAUGUAACAUAUUUACCAAAAGUGUUACCAAUGCCAAGUCAGUUAACAUGGGCUCGAGGUUUUCGUGAAAAAAUAGAUUGCCCUGUUGAUGCCAAUCCACCAAUGACUGAUACAAUUUGGACCAGGAACGAAUACAUUAUUAAUAUUGAUAAUACCAGACAAUUACUUUUUAGAAAUGGGACAUUAGUAGUAGCAAAUGCAUCAGCAGAAUCUGCGGGUAGCUACCGCUGUACACCUGUUAGUUUACUAGGUCGUGGUGAAACAUCCCCACCUGUUCAGGUAUUUGUAAGAGAUCCACCAUACUUUACUCUUCGUCCUCCAUCACAAUUUCGACAACAUACAGGUGAUAGUGUUUCUCUGCCGUGUAAAGCAGAUGGUAAUCCUACACCACGUGUUACGUGGAAGAGGUCUAAAGGAGAAUUUGAGAAUAGUAACCGAAUACAAAUUAACAAUGGUAACCUAACUAUCAAUGAUUUAAUAAAAGAGGAUCAUGGUUUCUAUGAAUGUAUCGCAACCAAUGAUAUAGCAUCUGUUGUGGCUGUAACAGAACUACGCAUAAUGAAUACAACACCUCAUGCACCAUAUAAUGUUACUGUUAUACCUAGUUUAUUCUCUGCUAAAGUUACUUGGGAACCAGCUUAUGAUGGCGGUAGUCCCCAAUAUUAUGUUUUGUGGUAUGUAAUAUAUACAUGUACUUAUCAAUGGCAAACGAUUCAGGUUCCACAGGAAUCUAUGGCUUUUACCUUAUAUAGACUCAGCCCAGAUACAAUGUAUGAAUUUAUGGUGUUGUCCAGAAAUGAACAUGGUGAUGGAAUGUACAGUGAACGGGUUCGAGCUCAAACACUUGAUUUAGUAACAGCAUUACCAACAGAUCAGUAUGGAUCAACAUAUAGACCUGAUAUACAGGAGCCUAUAGGUAAGUUGAUAGUUGAAAUCCAUUGUCCAAGACCAAGUGCUCCUGGUAAUGUAUCUAUAGCAAUGGAGGAAAAUGAAGUGACAGUUUCCUGGUUACCACCAAUUAAUUCCAGCGUGCCUAUAUUAUAUUAUGUUGUGGAGUUUCGUACAAACGGAAACUGGCAGAAGUAUGAUGGUGUUGUACGAACAUCUGAUAGACUCUCUAUGAAAAUGUCUAAUUUAAAUCGUGGGACUCAGUAUGAUAUACGUGUAUUAUCUUAUGGUGUUUUAGCCUAUAGUUUACCUAGUAAUAUAGUUUCAUUUAAUACUACACCUGAACCAUUUCGAUUACCUGAUGCAUUAAUAGGAGGAAUUGUUGGUGGGUUGUUGUUUUUGCUUGUUGCCGUCCUAUUAGCUGUUAUAGCUGUUAUACAUAGUAAAAGAAAAGAACAGAAAACUAAAGUUAGUCGAUACAGUAAGUACAGUGUAAUUUUCAUUGAGAAAUAA